CCCGAGCCCUAGCUCUCCAUCACUUUCUCACCAUCCCUCCUCACCUUUCUCCUCUGUCUCUGCUUUCUCUCUCGGUCCAUCCAUUAGUAUCAAGAGAUGGCUGAUUCGGGUCCAAGGUCGAGAAUGUGGUGCUCAGUACCGGAGCGGGUGCAGCUGCACGUGGCCAUGCUGGCCCUGCAGUUCGGGUACGCGGGGUUCCAUGUCGUGUCACGGGCUGCCCUCAACAUGGGCAUGAGCAAGAUCGUGUUCAUCGUCUACCGCAAUAUCAUCGCCUUCCUCCUCCUCCUCCCCUUCGCUUAUUUCCUCGAAAAGAAGGAGAGGCCGCCGAUCAACCUGAAUUUUAUAGUCCAGUUCUUCCUGCUGGCCCUUGUUGGGAUAACGGCAAAUCAGGGAUUCUACAUUUUGGGACUGGACAAUACGUCGCCCACCUUCGCGUCGGCAAUCCAAAACUCCGUCCCGGCAAUUACCUUCCUCAUGGCGGCAAUCCUCAGAAUAGAGCAAGUCCGGCUGAACCGGAAAGACGGAAUAGCAAAGGUGGUGGGGACGAUCCUUUGCGUGGCGGGUGCCUCAGUGAUCACCCUCUACAAGGGCCCCACCAUCUAUAGCCCUGCACCGCCCCUGCACCGACCGAUCAACCAUCUGAUCCUGGCCAGUCUUGGGGAUGCGAAGGGCAAGAACUGGACCCUAGGCUGCAUUUACCUAAUUGGCCACUGCCUUUCAUGGUCCGGAUGGCUCGUCCUCCAGGCCCCCAUCCUCAAGAAGUACCCAGCUCGGCUGUCUGUCACUUCAUACACCUGCUUCUUCGGGCUGAUCCAGUUCUUGAUCAUUGCCGCCUUCGUCGAGAGGGUCCCCGAGGCUUGGCACGUUCGCACAGGCGCUGAAGUCUUCAGCGUCUUCUAUGCGGGAGUGGUGGCCUCCGGAAUCGCAUUUGCAGUUCAGAUAUGGUGCAUUGCCAAAGGGGGCCCGGUGUUCGUCGCAGUCUACCAACCCGUCCAGACACUCGUGGUCGCUAUCAUGGCCUCCAUUGCCCUGGGAGAGGAGUUCUACUUGGGCGGGAUCAUCGGGGCUGUGCUGAUCGUUGGGGGAUUGUACUUCGUCCUCUGGGGCAAGAGCGAGGAAGCCAAGUUCGCUAAGCUGCAGAAGGUUGCAGUCCAGUCUGCUCCGGACCAUGGUGUGGCUACACACUCCUCGAAGACGGUAUCGUCCCUCGCUCAGCCUCUCCUCCCUCCAUCGUCGGAGAGUGUUUGAGCGGCAAAGGCCCAACUUUUGACCGAGGCGGAGGUGAAAGAAGGGAGAAAGGUCGAUUGCAUCUGUCCUUCACCAGUUAUCCGAAGAAGAAGAAGGCUUUAGCUAGCUUGUUGGGUGUGGAUGUGAUUUCUUUUUUUUUUACUUUUAUGGCCUUUUUGAAUUAAAGGGGGGGCAAAAAGAAGGAAUUCAGUGUCUUUUUUACUUAGCAAAGGAUCUGGAAAGGAAAGAUUUUGAGGGGGAUGAAUAUGAUGAUAGUCACCUAUGUGGACCAUGCAUGAUGCUUGGAAAGGUUAUAUAUAUAUUUAUCCCUAUA